GCGCGUGCCUGUGCUGUGGAGCUCCCCCUUGCUGCGUGCAUCGUGAUCUCGUGGAUGCAGAGACUUGCAGAGAAGCGCAGGGUCACCUUCUGUCGUGCUGCAAAAAGGGGGGAAAUACGCUCUGAUUGGCAGCAGAUACUGUUGGGUUGCAGUGGAAGCAGUAGUCUCAGGGGAUCUCCUGCUGGGGACCAACAGCCUUUUUCAAAGUUUAUGGAAACCUGACCUCCCAUUGGUGGAGAAGUGCAUGAGGAACCCAGCUCUCCUGCAGAGGACAGGUUUAGUCAUUAGAGUGCUUUGCCACAUUCAGAAAAAUGUCUGGCUCCUACGAUGAAUCUGCAGGUGCUGACGACACCAUGGAUAGCUUCUGGGAGGUGGGGAACUACAAACGUGCUGUCAAGAGAGUUGAUGACGGUCAUCGGCUUUGCAAUGAUCUGAUGGGCUGCUUGCAAGAACGUGCCAAGAUAGAAAAAGCUUACGGUGAUCAACUAACUGCCUGGUCUAAGAGAUGGAGACAACUUAUUGAAAAAGGUCCACAGUAUGGCUCUGUGGAGAGAGCCUGGCUUGCAGUCAUGACAGAGGCGGAGAAAGUGAGUGAGCUGCACCAAGAGGUGAAAAACAACCUGCUAAAUGAAGAUGUUGAAAAAGUCAAGAACUGGCAGAAGGAGGCAUAUCAUAAGCAAAUGAUUGGAGGCUUCAAGGAAGCAAAGGAAGCAGAUGAAGGUUUCAAAAAGGCUCAGAAACCAUGGGCCAAGAAGCUCAAAGAGAUGGAGGCAGCUAAGAAAACGUACCAUAUGGCCUGCAAGGAGGAGAAGCUGGCUGCAGCCCGAGAGGCCAAUGGCAAGACUGAGGCUUCUGUCACACCAGACCAGCAGAAGAAACUUCAUGAGAAAGUGGACAAAUGCAAACAGGACACGCAAAAGGCUAAAGAGAAGUAUGAGAAGUCCUUGGAUGAGUUAAACAAGUGCACUCCUCAGUACAUGGAGAGCAUGGAGCAGGUGUUUGACCAGUGCCAGCAGCAUGAAGUCAAGAGGCUAACUUUCCUCAAGGAGGCCUUGUUGGACAUAAAACGCCAUCUAAACCUAACCGAGGGCCAAAACUAUGUCACAAUAUACAGAGAACUAGAGCGCACGAUUCAGGCCAUAAGCACACAAGAGGACCUGAGGUGGUUCAGCAACAAUCAUGGCCCAGGGAUGCCCAUGAACUGGCCAGUAUUUGAGGAGUACAACCCAGACCAGGCAGCUGCUCCUCCAAAGAAGAAGAAACCAGACGGAGCCCCACCUACUCCAAGCACCGACCAUGUGGCUCCCCCUGGUGAUCGCAGCAGUGUCAGCAGCUAUGACAAGAACCAAGCUUAUUCGACCGAGUGGUCCGAUGACGAGCAGCCCACUUCCUACUCUGGCAAUGAGAAUGGUGGGAACAGGAAUUCAUUUGAAGACGAUUCCAGCACUGGGAAAGGAGUGCGUGUUCGUGCCCUCUAUGACUAUGAUGGCCAAGAGCAGGAUGAGCUCACCUUCAAAGCAGGUGACGAAUUUACCAAGACGGAGGAUGAAGAUGAGCAAGGCUGGUGUAGAGGACGUUUGGACAGCGGCCAGGAGGGACUGUACCCGGCCAAUUAUGUGGAGGCAAUCUAGUCACGUGACCUGACAGAGACAUGCCGCUGAAGGCAGCUUGAACCCUCCCGUCCAACUGCACCGCACAUAGCCAGAGACUUAAGAGCAGAACAUCCUUUGCCCAACAGAUGCGCCAAGCUGUCUUGCCUAACUAAAACUUAGUAACCUAAAAAGACAAUAUAUCGGUAUAGUAUAUUUUAUCCAGCAUUGGGGGUGGGUGAAGCUUCACAUU